CACUGAAGUGCCACAGGCUCCUCGCAGGGCCAGGACAGGGCAAAGGAAGCUUCACGCCGCUUCCCCGAUUGGCACUUGACAAAUCUAGGCCAGAGCAAAAGCCUGACAAGAACUUCUUUAUGCUGGGAACCCCUCUCAGCAAUUCUCAGUCACCUUGCUUUUGUGGGCAAAGCUGGACCUUUCACUCAAACUUUAAUACUGGUGUUCUGAUGGGCGUCAUCCUUCGAUAUGGAAUUCAUGUUCCCAGUGACGUUAAUAAUGUGACCUUAAGUUGUCAAGUGCAAACCAGUCCAGCUACUUUGUUAGUAAAUGUUAGUGGGAAAUAUUAUGAGUAUACCCUGAAGGGGGAAAUCGGCCCUCAUGAACUGAAUAAUGUUCAAGAUAAUGAAAUGCUGAGAAAGGUGACUUUUGAUCCCGAAGUGUUUUUCAAUAUUUUACUCCCUCCAAUUAUAUUUUAUGCUGGAUACAGCUUAAAAAGGAGGCAUUUCUUCAGAAACCUGGGGUCAAUCCUAGCGUAUGCUUUUCUUGGAACAGCUAUCUCCUGUUUUAUGAUAGGGUCAAUUAUGUACGGCUGCGUAGCAUUGAUGAAAGUAACCGGGCAACUUGGUGGAGAUUUUUACUUUACAGAUUGUCUGUUGUUUGGUGCCAUAGUAUCAGCUACUGACCCAGUGACUGUGCUUGCCAUAUUCCAUGAGCUUCAGGUUGAUGUUGAGCUGUAUGCCCUUCUCUUUGGCGAAAGCGUUCUCAAUGAUGCCGUUGCCAUAGUGCUGUCUUCUUCAAUCGUAGCAUACCAGCCGGCAGGUGACAACAGCCACACAUUUGAUGUCACAGCAAUGUUUAAAUCCAUUGGCAUCUUCCUUGGCAUAUUCAGUGGCUCGUUUGCAAUGGGAGCUGCUACUGGAGUAGUCACUGCUUUAGUCACCAAAUUCACCAAACUUCGUGAGUUCCCUUUGCUGGAAACUGGCUUGUUUUUCUUGAUGUCUUGGAGCACAUUCUUGCUGGCCGAAGCAUGUGGUUUUACAGGCGUGGUAGCAGUGUUGUUCUGUGGUAUCACCCAGGCCCAUUAUACGUAUAACAACUUGUCUACAGAGUCUCAGCAUCGAACUAAACAGUUGUUUGAGCUUCUGAAUUUCUUGGCAGAAAAUUUCAUCUUCUCCUACAUGGGACUCACAUUGUUCACCUUCCAGAAUCACAACUUCAACCCUACUUUUAUAGUGGGAGCCUUUCUUGCCAUCUUCCUGGGAAGAUCUGCUAAUAUUUAUCCCCUGUCCUGUUUACUUAAUUUGGGGAGAAGAAACAAGAUUGGAACAAAUCUCCAGCACAUGAUGAUGUUUGCUGGAUUGCGAGGUGCCAUGGCCUUUGCUCUGGCCAUUCGAGACACAGCCACUUAUGCUAGACAGAUGAUGUUCAGCACAACACUCCUCAUUGUGUUUUUCACCGUCUGGGUUUUUGGAGGUGGUACCACAGCCAUGUUAUCCUGCCUGCAUAUCAGGGUCGGUGUGGAUUCGGAUCAAGAACACUUGGGUGUCCCGGAGAGUGAAAGGAGGAGUACAAAAGCAGAAAGUGCCUGGCUGUUCAGAUUGUGGUACAACUUUGAUCACAACUAUCUGAAGCCUCUGUUGACGCACAGUGGCCCUCCUCUCACGACGACACUGCCUACAUGCUGCGGACCUGUUGCCAGAUGCUUGACAAGUCCUCAGGCUUAUGAAAAUCAAGAGCAGCUGAAGGAUGAUGAUUCCGACCUUAUUUUGAACGAUGGAGACAUCAGUCUGACAUACGGAGAUUCUACUGUGAAUGCCGAUUCUGUCACAUCUGGGGGGACAUCUCGCAGGAUUGUGGGAAACAGUUCGGAAGAUGCACUGGAUCGGGAGCUGGCGUUUGGAGACCAUGAACUUGUAAUACGGGGAACACGUCUGGUCCUUCCCAUGGAUGAUUCUGAGCCUCCAUCAAGUUUGGUAGAUAGUGCAAGACAUGGCCCAGCGUAAGAUUUAUGUUGCUCGAUUUAAUUGACAAUAUCUGCAUAUGUGAUCACGAAGAAAUAUGUACUACCUAAAAUCUAAUGCAUGUCUCAGAAUGUCUAAGCUGUAUAAAUAUUUAUAUGGUGUCAGAAGAAUAUAAAUAUUCUCUACAAGA